AUUGUGCAAGCCGGGCGACCUCAAAACAUCUGCGUAUCAACAUGAUUGAAUGGAACGGUUUCUCGUGUCUAUUUAACUUACUCUCGCCUUCUGUUCCAGAAUUGUAAAAGUCGUCUGUAUACACAGCCUAGCGUAGUAAUCCGUGACGCUCCGAAAUGAUAUGUUCAUUGGAACCAAUCAGUACAUCUUGCCUGACCACCUGCUGUCACUGGCUACGCCGUUCGUUCUGUCAUUGCGAGACAUCUACCCCGUGGCGUCAGUUACAUGCGCUGAAGGUCCCUCAUCCGCGGAUCGCGAAAACGUGGCGUCAUCUGUUUCACAAACACUUCCCCAUUCCGCCCUCCAUGUGCAUAUAUAGAAACAAGAUUUGUUGGUCGAAAACAAAAAAACAAAAACAAAAACAGCGCAACAUAUGUACGUAACGGUAAUAUGUCGCUUCGUUCAGCUUCAAACGUUGGGCCUCGCACGUUCACCCACUCCACUCGCGCGCACGCGCGGAAAGAAACACAAUCCAGGUAGCUAAAGAGGGA